AUGAUGCGGCUGCCCAAAGGCGUUUCUCCUGCGUCUGGCCGAGGUGCUGUAGGAGGGCUGUCGUGUUCACAGAAUAAAGUUUUGUCUGGAGUGAAGACCGAAUUCUUCAGCACCGGGUUAUGCAGUUCACCGAUGAACUCUGUACGGGCUGGAUACUUCACCCAAAUCUGCAACACGACAGCGGCCGAACAAAGGGUGAACUGCCUCUAUGGAACUCCCCAUGGACCUGAAGCUAAACCCAUCAGACCCUCCGGCAGACUCCCGGCCAAGAGGAAGCUGGACCUGGAGGACCCCCUCUACCUCCCAGACUUCAGGACUCCCAAAGGAAAGGGGAGUGUGGCCACAGCCAGAAUCCCUAGUCCCAAAACGCCCAAGUCCCCCGGCGAGCGGACGCGCUACGACACCUCCCUGGGUCUGCUGACCAAGAAGUUUGUCGGCCUGCUGAGCGAGUCACCUGACGGCGUGCUGGACCUCAACUGGGCCACCGAGGUCCUCGAGGUGCAGAAGAGACGCAUCUAUGACAUCACCAACGUGCUGGAGGGCGUGCAGCUCAUCCGCAAGAAGUCCAAGAACAACAUCCAGUGGAUGGUGGGUGGCGUGUUCGAGGGCUCGGCCAGCAGCGGGGAGAAGUCGUGCGCCCUGAGGAAGGAGCUGGGAGAGCUGGAGAGGGCCGAGAAGGCCCUGGAAGACCUGAUCACGUCCAGCAGCACCCAGCUCAAGGAGUUGACCGAACACGGGGACAACCAGGGACAACUAGGUUACGUCACCUACCAGGACAUCAGGUCUAUAACCAGCCUGCAGGACCAGACGGUCAUCGCCGUCAAGGCCCCAUCAGAAACCAAGCUGGAGGUGCCUGAGUCCUCGGGGCAAGGCUCCCAACAGAUCUACCUAAAAAGUAAGAACGGCCCCAUCGAGGUGUACCUCUGUCCCGAGGAGGGCCUGGAGGAUGCCAGCCCCGUCAAGAACACCACCACCCCCAGGAAAGACUCCCCUCAUCACCCCCUGGGUCACACUGCCACCCCCUCCCUCGCCAUGCCCCAAUACACCGACGUCAAGCAGGAGCCCAUGGAAGCUGAACUCUCCAGACCUGCGUCAGUAUCCCUCCCCAACACCUCCAACACCAACACCACCACCCUCCUGGACGUAGAGGGCCUCCUGGGCCUUCCCCCCAGCUUGCUCCAGAUGACAGAGGACCAGCUCCCGGGCCCCGGGUUCACCCCCGACCCCAGCGCCCCCUUCGUCAGCUUCUCUCCGCACCUCGACCACGACGACUACCUCUGGGGGCUGGAGGAUGGCGAGGGCGUGUCCGACUUCUUCGACACCUACGACCUGGGAGACCUGCUCCAGAGCUGA